UCGUCGACGAUAAUGACAUUCACACUUCCACAUUGAAUCAAACAGUUUCAGAACAAAUUUUCUUUUUUCGGCACAUUUUGACCCUUAAAGUUAUAGAAUACAUAGAAGACAGGAUUAUUUUAAAACUCAAUUUAGCAUAGGCCACCCACCAUGCUCGUAACGAAGCGGUCAAACACUAAGCAACCAUCUGACUAUCAGCUGGAACUGAAGGAGUUGUAUCCCGUCGACGGGGGCAAUGACCUAAUGACUACCUGGAAGGACGUGGAUCGCCAGUUGGAAGACGGCAUGGACGAGUUGGAGCUCAUGUUUAAUAGACUCGUAUCGCCGCCUUUGCCGGGAAAAGGACUGCCCAACGACAGUAGACACAAUCACAAAUCCAAUCCGAUAAUCCACCACUUUGAUGAUAGUCCGCUGCCAGUUGCCAAGGGAUCAUGUGGCCCUAGUAAUAGUAAUGUGAUUCAAAAUACAGUGGAUAAUGAACAGGAGAUCGAAGAAUUAGAAUCAGAACAGGCAGAUGAACUAGAAAUAGAUGCGGGAAUCCGUUUCCUGGCCAUCAGGUUCUUUAAUGUAUUGCUGGCAAAACUUUGGCGUCGCCGAAAGGCCGAAGUCUACGAUCUGCAGACGCUGGUUCGCAAGUACCAAGCCCAUGCCGUUCGCACCCGAACAGAGCUGCUAUCGCGCAAGCAACUGAUCUGCACGCUGCAGCGACGUGGACAGCUGCUGAGCAACCAGCUGGUGCAGGCCGCCGAUCGCCUGCGCGUGACCAUGGACAGCUGCACCGAACUGAACACCGAACUGAAGCAGGUAAAGGAGCGGGAAGUUCAGCUGAGCAAGAAGUUAGCCAGUAAGUCCCUGGAGUGUGAAUAUGCAGACGAAAUGCUGCAUUCAUAUCGCAGAGGUAUGUUUCGCGAGAUGACCAAUAAUCGCGAGGGAGCCGCCGAGUUGGCCAAUCAACAGCGACGGGCCAUUCAAUUGGAGUAUGAAAAUGCCGAGCUGGAGGAUGCACUGCUAACGAUUAAGGAUAAGUUUAUCAAGCAGAACGAUCAAAUGUCGGUGGCGCUUGGCGAGAAACAGCGGAAACUGGACGCUGCCUAUGAGACACUAAGAUACUACGAACAGGAACUGAUUCUUCUGGAGAUUAAGUACUGGGAGACGUUGAGCCAAACCGCACUGGAAGUCGAACUGCAGGAGGAGGUUUCGAGUCUGAAGAAGAAAAUGAGCUUGACUAGCCGCCUGAUCUUCUACUUGGCUGCCUUCAAGGGGCAGACUUUCCAUUGUUGCAUGUACCACGUGGUGGACGGAAUACUCGACUGCCUGGCGCCAGCGUACUCCUCACCCCCAAUGAAGGACAAUUUACUUCGAAUAAGCAUGGCCGCCCUCUUUCUGCUAAAUGCUAAGAUGUAUUGAUUUGGCCUGAAGGAUGCGAAAAGGACUCUGGCGGCGCAUCCAGGGUCUUGCAACGAUGACUGAGAAGCGUUUGUUAACUUAGAAGCAGCACAACACAAUACCACAAAUUUUAUGCGUAUAUUAGAUAUAUUUCAUCUUUAAUGUGCCCACGGUUUUUUCUAAACAAAAACAAAUUUCGAAUAAAAUUUUUUACC